AUGCUCUCACUCUUAUUCAACCUCAAAAACAACACCCAAACUCAAAAACUCCUCAACAAAACAACCUCGUACCUACUUUGUUCCACACUCAAUCACUUCACAACAAAACCCAAUCCACACUCACAUGUUCCAACACUUGAGAUAGACACAAUCACAAGAAUCAUCAAUGAUCACCCAUUCCCUGAUAAACCCCUUCACCCAACCCUCCUCCACCACUUCCCUCCAUCAACAACAAUCCCCACUUCAGUCAUCCACAACAUUCUUGUUCGCUUAUUCGCCUCUCAUUCAAAUGGUCUCAAAGCAUUGGAGUUUUUCAAUUUCGCCAUCAACAAUCCUCACUCCACCCCAUCCCCCUCUUCGCUCGAAAUCACCCUCCACAUCCUUGCUCGAAUGCGUUACUUCGAUAAAGCUUGGAGCUUGUUGCAACGAAUUGCAAAAACACACCCGCAUUUGCUUACUCAUAAGUCAAUGAGCAUUAUGCUAUCCAAAAUUGCCAAAUAUCAAUCUUUUGAGGACACCCUUGAUGGGUUUAGGAGAAUGGAGGAGAAUGUGUUUGUUGGGAGAGUAUUCGGGACUGAUGACUUCAAUGUGCUUCUUAAAGCUUUUUGUACACAGAGGCAAAUGAAGGAGGCUAGGUCGGUUUUUGUGAAGUUUGUGCAUAGGUUUAAGGCUAGUACUAAGAGUAUGAAUAUUUUGUUGUUGGGUUUUAAAGAAUCGGGCGAUGUGACUUCUGUUGAGUUGUUUUAUCAUGAAAUGGUGAAGCGCGGGUUUAGUCCGGAUAGUGUGACUUAUAAUAUUAGGAUUGAUGCUUAUUGUAAGAAAGGUCGAUUUGGCGAUGGUUUGAGGCUUUUGGAGGAGAUGGAGAGUAGGAAAUUUGUUCCUUCGGUUGAAACGGUAACUACGUUGAUUCAUGGAGCGGGGUUGGUUCAAAACACGGGUAAGGCGUGGCAGUUGUUUAAUGAGAUUCCUUUGAGAAACUUGGUUGUUGAUUCAUGUGCUUAUAAUGCUUUAAUUAUGACGUUGGUUAGAAAUAAAGAUGUUGUGUCUGCGCUUUCAUUGAUGGAUGAGAUGAUUGAAAAACAAAUUGAGCCGGAUGGUGUAACGUAUCAUACAAUGUUUUUAGGAUUGAUGAGGUCGAGAGGGAUUGAAGGUGUGUCUGAGCUUUAUUUGAAAAUGACACAAAGGAAUUUUGUUCCAAAAACAAGGACGGUUGUGACGCUGAUGAAGUAUUUUUGUCAAAAUCGUCAGCUCGAUUUGAGUUUGAGUUUAUGGAAUUACCUUGUGGAAAAAGGGCAUUGUCCUCAUGCUCAUGCUUUAGAUCUUUUGGUAACUGCAUUAUGCUCAAGGGGUUUGGUUCAAGAGGCUUUUUGUUGCUCCAAGCAAACAUUGGAGAGAGGAAGAUAUAUGAGUUCUACAGCAUUUCUAAUGUUGGAGAGGUUUUUGAAGCAAUCACGCGAGAUGGACAAAUUAAAGGAGCUUGACCAGAUGAUUAAGAAAUUGCAAAGCGUCUUACCACCAUGUCGAGGACAUGCCACUGGUAUUUCUAACUCCAAAGUUAUAAUGUAG